ACUUUUGCUCCAGCAAGCAACCUCUUCUUAUGAGAAGGGAAAUCGAUCAAUCAAUCGAUCGAUCGUUGCAUUCUUCAUUUUAUUGUUUGUUGUGUUUGUCAUUUUGGACGUUCAAGCUGUUUUGCUCUUUAGACUGACUAACAACUUCUCAAUAUGCACAUCACAUGUAUGUAUGUACCUUUAUCAGAUUAUUUCAUUUACGCAUUUAAGUUUAGUUGAUUCCGAUUGAAAAGGCCGUAGCAAUAGUGGUGACCAUGGGCGAGCUCCGGAGGCCAUCUAUCGAUCGUCUAUCUGUCUUUGGGAGGCUGGAUUGAACAGGCUGAUUAAUUCAUGAAUAGGACGUCCGCCCAGUCGUGGUGGGAAUCCUCAUUCACUACUGCCAGAUGACGAGACACGGCAAAACCGUAGAGCGGCUUCUUCCCUGAACCACUCAUUCACCGCGUUUGGAUAUGCUACAGUCACGACCAUUCACCGUUCCGCCAUCGAAAGCCUCGAACGGGUGAGUAACAGACUGAACCGCAAAGACGACAGGAAGGGCUUAAAUAGCUGCCUCCUUUCCAUCUUUGCAAAAUUAUUCCCACUCCUCAGACAAGAAGACCACACACACGCAGUCAGAUCUCCCUCCCUCAAACCUCUCGCGACGAUUUACCUGAAAUACGAACACGCAAAAGCAAAAGAAGAGUCGAAGCAAUCGCCAACAUGGCCAGACAGACGCACUACAAUGAAGCCCAAAACCGCUCCCCCGACUUCCCCUACAGCCUGCCCGGCAGCCAGGCCAGCGAGGGCAGUCAGGCCAGCCAAGACAGCCAAGACAGCCAAGACAGCCAAGACAGCACGAGCUCCGACGUUGCUGUUGUCGGCGAGGAUGGAUACGUCGUCUGGCAGUACACGCGCGCCGACUUUGAGGACUGGGCCGACUUCGAAAUCUGGGCCAACUACUGGACGCGCCGCUGGUGCCGCUGGAAGUGCUGCCGGUGCGGCUUCAUCAACCGCAUGCCGCGGUCCGAGCUGACCGUGGCGCACUGUCGCAAUCCCGGGCGGCCCGGCCUUGCCGGGAGCUGCCCGCGAGACGAGAGGGGGGAGACACACAUGGGACCCAGCGGCUGCUGCUGCUUGAUCCUCGUGCCGUGGGAGGUCAUCUCGGCGGUUGUCGAAUGAUGAGUUGCUGCUGCUGUUGUUGUUGUUGUUUUUCUCUUCUCUUCUUCUUUUCUACUUCUUUUUCUUUCUCUUUGAUUUAAUGUGGCGAGGGGCCGCGGGUUGGACAAGAGUCUGUCGUGUGUUAAGACGCCGUGUGGUUGGGACACAGUAGUCUGCUUCGGGCUCUAGUGUU